AGGAAAGGAUAAGAUAGAAAUCGAGAGAAAUAGAGGGAAAGAAAGAUGAAUGUGAAGAGAUUCGCCGUUCUUCUCUGUGCUGAGGAUUCGGAUUUCGUGAAGAAGAAAUAUGGAGGAUAUUCCGGGGUGUUCGUCGGAAUGUUGGGAGAAGAAGGAGAGAUCUGGGACUUUUACAGAGUCAUCGGUGGUGAUUUUCCUCUGGAAGACGAACUGGAAUGCUACGAUGGAUUCGUGGUUUCGGGUAGCUGUAGCGACGCUCACGGAAAUGAUAUCUGGAUCCUGAAACUCGUCAAUCUCUUGAAGAAGUUGGAUUCCAUGAAAAAGAGAAUUCUAGGCAUCUGUUUUGGUCACCAGAUAUUAUGCCGUGCACUGGGAGGGAAGACAGGACGAGCAGUGUCUGGAUGGGAUGUGGGAGUAAGAAAGAUCAACUUGUCGCCGUCCAAGCAGUUGGCCGCCCUUAAAUUGCCCUGCUCUUUGCCCAUCUAUGAAUUCCAUAGAGAUGAGGUGUGGGAGCUGCCACCCCAGGCAGAGGUGAUAGCAUGGUCUGAUAAGACAAAGGUGGAGAUUUUCAAGUACAAGGACCACAUAAUGGGCAUUCAAGGCCACCCCGAGUACACCAAAGAUCUAUUCCUCAACAUAGUCGACCGCCUCCUCAACCGAAAUAUCAUCCAAGAGUUUGAAGCUGACAUAGGAAAGGCACGAGCAGAAGAACUAGUGCCAGACAUGGAAGCAUGGAAGAGAUUCUGCAAGAGCUUUCUCAAGGGUCCACUUAUACCCCAUCACUGGUAUAGUGACCAAGUUGUCUUAUUAGACACAGAAAUAAAAAAUAAAGAAAGAUGGGUUUUGGGGGCCAAGUUAGAUGAAAUUUGUAUAUAACAUUAGG